AAUAUCAUUAACCCUCCCAGACGCUAGAGGUCCCUGUUGUGGUUUACCUCCACUGGAAGCGUCGGUUAUGUUUUGUGCCGUGAUUGUAGGUGCUACGCGGUGGUGGUGAGUCAAGACCGUCAAGACCUGUAAGCAGAACCAGCAGCGAACGGACUGAGUAGAAGACCGCAAGCGAGGAAGAUGGCCGGGUUCUUAGAUAACGUUCAGUGGCCUGCGUGUCUCGACCUGGGGGAGAAACGCAACACCGUUGCGUCCGUCGCCGCAGGAGUCUUGUUCUUCUCCGGCUGGUGGGUGAUAAUAGAUGCAGCGGUGCUGUACCCAUCUCAGGAGCAGCUCAACCACGCGUUUCACACCUGCGGCGUGUUCUCCACUAUAGCCUUCUUUAUGGUAAACGCUGUCUCUAAUGGUCAGGUGAGAGGGGACGUAUAUGGAGAAGGCUGCUUGGGUCGAACAGGGGCCCGCCUCUGGCUGUUCCUAGGCCUGAUGUUGAUGUUUGCGUCUCUGAUUGCUGCCACCUGGAUCCUGUUUGGAGCUUUCGUCGUUGUUCCCUCCAGACUGGUCUACCCUGGCCUGUCCAUCUUCUUCCAGAAUCUUUUAAUCUUUUUCAGUACACUCAUCUACAAGUUUGGUCGGACAGAGGAUCUGUGGGGAUAAACUGACAACAUUAAAAGUGUGUGUGAGCGCAUACACACACUCACCCACACACCCACCCACACAGACCCAUCCAUACACAUAUGUAUGCAUACACACACACAUGUAUUCACACACACUCACACUCUCACUCUCACACACACACACACACAUGUAUUCACACACACACACACACACGUAUGCAGCAGAGUCGUCUAUAAAGAGAGUUUGACCAACUAGGGAAACAAAUGGUCUGAGCCAUCCCUUUAUGCGAUUUGUUCAAAUGGUCUGAGCCAUCCCUUUAUGCGAUUGGUUCAAAUGGUCUGAGCCAUCCCUUUAUGCGAUUGGUUCAAAUGGUCUGAGCCAUCCCUUUCUGCGAUUGGUUCAAAUGGUCUGAGCCAUCCCUUUAUGCGAUUUGUUCAAAUGGUCUGAGCCAUCCCUUUCUGCGAUUUGUUCAAAUGGUCUGAGCCAUCCCUUUAUGCGAUUGGUUCAAAUGGUCUGAGCCAUCCCUUUAUGCGAUUGGUUCAAAUGGUCUGAGCCAUCCCUUUAUGCGAUUGGUUCAAAUGGUCUGAGCCAUCCCUUUAUGCGAUUGUUUCCGAGGUGGUCACAUGGUUAGUGGACGCCAUGUUAGAUAUCAGCAUUCUUCAGAUCCCCGUUGACAUAGUGCAGGGAAUAGUGAAAAAACAGUGAGCAGGAGCACUAGUGUGAGAGCAGGAGCACUAGUGUGAGAGCAGGAGUGAGCACUAGUGUGAGAGCAGGAGUGAGCACUAGUGUGAGAGUAGGAGCACUAGUGUGAGAGUAGCAGCACUAGUGUGAGAGUAGGAGCACUAGUGUGAGAGCAGGAGCACUAGUGUGAGAGCAGGAGCACUAGUGUGAGAGUAGCAGCACUAGUGUGAGAGUAGGGGCACUAGUGUGAGAGUAGCAGCACUAGUGUGAGAACAGGAGCGGGCACUAGUGUGAGAGCAGGAGCGGGCACUAGUGUGAGAGCAGGAGCACUAGUGUGAGAGCAGGAGCACUAGUGUGAGAGUAGGAGUGAGCACUAGUGUGAGAGUAGGAGCGGGCACUAGUGUGAGAGUAGGAGUGAGCACUAGUGUGAGAGUAGGAGCACUAGUGUGAGAGUAGGAGCACUAGUGUGAGAGUAGCAGCACUAGUGUGAGAGUAGGAGCACUAGUGUGAGAGUAGGAGCACUAGUGUGAGAGUAGGAGUGAGCACUAGUGUGAGAGUAGGAGCACUAGUGUGAGAGUAGGAGCACUAGUGUGAGAGCAGGAGCACUAGUGUGAGAGUAGGAGUGAGCACUAGUGUGAGAGUAGGAGCACUAGUGUGAGAGCAGGAGCACUAGUGUGAGAGUAGGAGCGGGCACUAGUGUGAGAGUAGGAGCACUAGUGUGAGAGCAGGAGCACUAGUGUGAGAGUAGGAGUGAGCACUAGUGUGAGAGCAGGAGCACUAGUGUGAGAGUAGGAGCGGGCACUAGUGUGAGAGUAGGAGCACUAGUGUGAGAGCAGGAGCACUAGUGUGAGAGUAGCAGCACUAGUGUGAGAGUAGGAGCACUAGUGUGAGAGUAGGAGCACUAGUGUGAGAGCAGGAGCACUAGUGUGAGAGCAGGAGCACUAGUGUGAGAGUAGGAGCACUAGUGUGAGAGUAGCAGCACUAGUGUGAGAGCAGGAGCACUAGUGUGAGAGUAGCAGCACUAGUGUGAGAGUAGGAGCACUAGUGUGAGAGUAGGAGCGGGCACUAGUGUGAGAGCAGGAGCACUAGUGUGAGAGUAGGAGCACUAGUGUGAGAGUAGGAGCGGGCACUAGUGUGAGAGCAGGAGCACUAGUGUGAGAGUAGCAGCACUAGUGUGAGAGCAGGAGCACUAGUGUGAGGGAGCACUAGUGUGAGAGUAGGGGCACUAGUGUGAGAGUAGGAGCACUAGUGUGAGAGCAGCAGCACUAGUGUGAGAGCAGGAGCACUAGUGUGAGGGAGCACUAGUGUGAGAGUAGGGGCACUAGUGUGAGAGUAGGGGCACUAGUGUGAGAGUAGGAGCACUAGUGUGAGAGCAGCAGCACUAGUGUGAGAGCAGGAGCACUAGUGUGAGGGAGCACUAGUGUGAGAGUAGGGGCACUAGUGUGAGAGUAGGAGCACUAGUGUGAGAGUAGGAGCGGGCACUAGUUCCCCUGUGAAACGUGUGGGCGCAGCACAAGGUCAACAUAACAAACUGGAGGGCAAAUAAUGACUCCAAUUUAUCUCUUCCACUUCAAAAAAUAUAGUAAUACUACACGUUAUGGGAAGGGUUUAUUGAUGUCUGUUAAUAAUAAUGAUAAUAGCCUACUAACAA